CAGUGAUUGGUUACCGGCGGCGGUGGGAGCGCGUUUAACGGCCGCAGCACCCCCGGGCUGCGAGAAAACAAAACAAAGGCGGUGGCGGGCUGGAGGGAGCGCAGCGCGGUAGCAGGAUGGCUCGGUCGCCCCUCGGCCCUCAGGGUGGCAGACGUGCGCCCAGCCCGUUCCUAUGACCUCUGGCUGCUGCCGAGAAGGUACCUUCGAGGCGAGGGAAGCCACUACCACCGCACCUCCUCUCUUUGUUUUUCGAUGAGGGCCCGGUGCUGAGCCCUCGCUUGACCGCUGCGUGAAAACCGGGGGUCCCGCCUCCCCUCCUGCCCUUGCCCCUUAAGGGAAAGGGGCCCGGAGCGCGCUGCUGCUCGGAGUCUGGGCUGGGGAGCGGAGCCGGCACGGCGCAGCGGUUGUGACUGUUUCUCUUCUGUCAUUUGUGUGGAAAGAGCCACACACACUCCAGAACAACAACGGCUUUUGCUUGCAUAUUCCAGUGUUUCUUUUGUCAGCGAGUCCAGCAAAGUUGUAAUUCUUCAAGUGCCAGCCCUGAGCUGAGUGAGGAGCCACCAGCAGAGAUGGUAAAAAUGACAAAAUCAAAAACGUUCCAGGCUUACCUGCCAAACUGUCAUCGAACCUACAGCUGCAUCCACUGCAGAGCUCAUCUAGCCAAUCAUGAUGAAUUGAUCUCCAAGUCCUUCCAGGGAAGCCAGGGGCGAGCCUACCUCUUUAAUUCUGUGGUAAAUGUGGGCUGUGGUCCAGCAGAGGAGAGAGUUCUUCUGACAGGUUUACAUGCUGUAGCAGAUAUCUAUUGUGAAAACUGUAAAACCACUCUUGGAUGGAAAUAUGAACAUGCUUUUGAGAGCAGUCAGAAAUACAAAGAAGGAAAAUUUAUCAUUGAACUUGCCCACAUGAUAAAAGACAAUGGCUGGGAGUGAAUCUUAACCUGGUGGUUUUUUUCCCCCCCCUUCUGUUUGGACAAUAUUCUGUGGAACAUGCUUUACAAAGACUAACGCAAAGUAAAGGAAGAGAAUGGCCCUGAGAAUAUCACUGAACUCUGAAACCUCACAAAUGAGUAGUGUAGUGUAAGUGGCUAUUUCAGGCCAUGUUUGCCUUUUCUCCUUGUGUAAGUUCCCUCUUUUUGUACGUGUAUUAUUGUGUGAACAGUUGUUUUGCAACAUUUUGGAUGACCUUUUUCUAAACUCUCAAACUAGAGAAGCAGUUCACUAAUUGAAAACGGAUUUUACUGGUUAGUAUCUCUCUCUGACCUAUGCCUUUAAUGCUACCUUCUGCUGUGCAUGCUUCUUGCCUAAACACCUACACUCCAGUCCUGUAGAAGUUCUAUAUCUGAGCAGUCUGAAAGAAUGUAUGGGAUGGGGUGCUUUUUUAUAUGUAGCAAUUUCUGAUGUGUUUGGCAGUGAAGAGGAUGCAGUAUUGUAGUGCUUUCUUUUCUAAAUUUCAGUGUACCACAACCUGUGUACCAUCUUGGAGGUGAAUUGGUUAAAGGUACAGUGCUCACUUCAAGGAAAAAAAAAAAACAAA